AUGUAUUCGACAGACUAUGCAAGGGAAGAGACCUACCAAAGGACCCCGACAAUCACCAUAACCAGCAUAGCAAGGAUUGUUAGGGGUUGCCCCUCCCAGAGGACUACCCUGGAACUCCCUUUCUCGUUGCAUAUUCAUUUUCCAUUACAAAAGAAGAAUUUUGAGUUGAUAAUGGACGAUCCGAUUGGAGUGAAGAAGAGGGUGGUGGUGGUGGUGGGAGGUGGAAUCGCCGGCUCUCUUAUUGCCAAGACCCUUCUAAACGAUGCUGCUGUUUUCCUUAUUGAUCUGAAGGAGUACGUUGAGAUUUCUUGGGCAAGCUUGAGAUCAAUGGUUGAACCAUCAUUUGCACAGAGAUCAGUGAUUAAUCACUUGGAAUACCUUCCUAAUGCUCACAUUAUUGCAUCUGCUGCAACUGACAUCACGGAGAAUGAAGUAUUGACUGCUCAAGGCCGUCUAAUUGCAUAUGAUUAUCUUGUCAUUGCUACUGGUCAUGCAGAUGCUGGUCCUUGUACAAAAGAUGAGAAGCUUAGUUACUACCAGGCAGAACAUGUCAAGAUAAGAUCUGCAAAUUCAAUUUUGAUUGUUGGAGGGGGACCAACUGGUGUGGAAUUAGCAGCUGAAAUUGUUGUUGACUUUCCUGACAAGAAGGUGACACUGGUGCAUCGAGGAUCAAGGUUGUUAGAAUUCAUUGGAGAAAAGGCUGGUAAAAUGGCUCAUGAUUGGUUGAUUUCAAAGAAGGUUGAAGUCAUCUUGGGCCAAUCUGUUGACUUGAACUCUCAGUCAGAUGAUGUUUAUAAAACAUCUGGUGGAGAGAGCAUAAAAGCUGAUUGCCACUUUAUAUGCACAGGCAAGCCAAUUGGUUCGUCGUGGCUAAAGGAGACUGUUUUGAAGGAUAGCUUAGACAGUCAUGGAAGGCUAAUGGUCGAUGCAAACUUGAGGGUCAGGGGUCACAAGAAUGUCUUUGGUAUUGGAGAUAUCACUGAUAUUCCGGAACUCAAACAAGGAUAUUUGGCACAAAGGCAUGCAUUGGUGGCUGCUAAGAACUUGAAUUUGUUAAUGAAAGGAAGCGAAGAAAACGCGCUGGUUAAUUACAAGCCUGCUUCACCAAUGGCACUUGUUUCACUCGGUCGAAGAGAUGCGGUGGCUCAAAUUCUCUGUUUACCUGUUGUUGGACGCAUUCCUGGCCUGAUAAAAUCUGGGGACUUGUUUGUUGGGAAGACACGAAAGCAACUUGGUCUAAAAUCUUAA